AUGAGCUUACAAGACAGAAUUAAACCUUUCCUGAAGAUAUUAAAAUACUCUACAUUUGUGGGAGGUAGUAUUCUAUUAUUAGGAUAUCAUUUAAAACAGACACACUUAAGGAUCAAUAAAAUAGUAAAUCCAAGAGUUUUAGAUGCUGAUAAAAAAAUUUCUCCAGAGUACAUCUAUAUUGAUGAUCCUUCAUAUGAUGCAGCAAUGAAAGCUGAAAAUGAAAAAGAAAACAAAAAUUCUGUUGGUCUUUCUAGAAUUUGGAAGAGCUUAAAAUACUCUUUAGCUUGGAAACUUCUUUGGCUUUGUCGUCACGGCAGUAAGGAGCAGAGAAAUCUUGCCAUUGAACAGCUAGCAUCAUUUAGGAACAAUAAAAGCUGGGAUUGUUUGAAACUUGCUCAAGCUUUAGACAAAGAUACUGCAGUACUCCUAGCACGCACACGUGGGGCUGACUUAAGAUAUUUUCUCCCACCACCUAUACAUAUACGACGAUCGGCAUUGACUUCAGAACUUCUUUCAUUUAGAUUGAAAGACCUAUUAUUGGCCAUGCAAACUGUAAAGCCACAUGGCUGUAUAACUUACUUCUUAUCAAAAUAUUUUUUAAAUAUUCAAGAACAGCCAAUGGAAGUUGAUAUACCAAAUAAGCCAGAUAGUAUUAGUGAAAAAAAUCUCUGUAUUUUGUGUCUUGAUGCAAUCCAUCAUCAUUUGUCUUUAUUUUAUAGCACAAAUUAUGAAGAAGAUGUUUCAAUACAGACUUUGGUACAGCUGGGGGUAUUACCCUGCUUAGCUGAGUUGCUAUUGAGAUACCACAAUGACGUUGACAUGGAUAUAGCUGUGUUGAAAGUUCUUACAAUUUUAAGCAUUCAUAAUAACCUAUCAAUGGAUUUUUACCAAAAUGGUUUAAUAAGAGAUUUGUCAAGGUUAUUAAGAUCAAAUGAUGUUCGUUUAGCUAGUCCCUCUGCAGUCACAUUAGCUAAUCUUUCUGGUGAAUAUUUAUAUAGACCUGGUUUAUAUUUAUUAUAUCCGUUAUACCGUACUCCUGAACCACCUACAUGUGAUACAUUAUUGGUGCAUGGCCUUCGUGGUGGUGUCUUUGUGACAUGGAGACAAAGAGACAGAACUUGCUUCAAACCAAUAGGGCUUUUAGAAGUAUCUAUUACAGAACCAGAAUGUGAUCCAUGUAAAGAAAAUGAAACCGAAGCCAAGUACUAUGAUCCUGAAUUACAGCAGGUUUUGGAUGAUAUAAUGGAACUUGAAGAAGAAGCUCUUCUAUCAAAUGUUGAAGUUGUCUUACAUGACCUUCCUAUAGAUGCUAAGCGUGAACCAUUAAACAAAUUUACUUUUACAGCAGACAAGAAGAUAAAUGCUUUAAUACAAGAAGAGGAGGAUAGGUGCAACUAUACAUUUUGCUGGCCCAAAGAUUGGCUCCCAAAAGACUGUAAAAAUUUGAGAAUUUUGGGUAUAAAUUAUUGGACUUCUCUGUCUGAAUGGCUGGAGCACUGUCCUUUGCAAAAUGCAGAUAUAUCUACACGAGCUUCGGAACUAAUACCAAUAUUAGUUGAUGCUGAUGUUGGGAGAAGGAAUGUUGUUUGGUUAACACACUCUAUGGGCGGCCUUAUUGUUAAACAAUUGCUCAUACAAGCUUCAGAAAGUGGAAACCUUCUAUACAAACAAUUAUGUGAUUAUACAAAAGCAAUAGUUUUCUAUAGUACACCUCACAGGGGCAGUGCACUUGCAACAAUGCCGAGAGCCGCCGCUGCUAUAUUAUGGCCUUCUCAAGAUGUGCAGCAAUUACAGGAAAACUCCCCAUCCUUACUUAAGAUACAUCAAGAGUUUAUAAAAUAUGCAGAACGGUAUGGAUGGGAGACAAUAAGUUUUGCAGAAACACUUCCAACCCCAGUGACAGCAUUUAAAGUGCCAAUUCAUUUUGUUGAACCAUUUUCAGCUGAUCUUGGAAGAGGGAUUUUUUACCAAUUACCUUUAGACCAUUUAUCUAUUUGCAAGCCAGCUACGAGGCAGUCAAUUUUAUAUACCACUGUCUUAGAUGUAUUAAGGAGAGCAAUUGCUGCAGAUUUAGAACUGCAAAACACUAAUAAUUAUAUCCAACGUUUUAUACAUUUCCUAUUUUGGACUGCAAGAAGUAAACUUAAAACAAUUAUUGAGAUUUUGGAUGAAACUCAAAGUUUUGAUAAUGCUCAUGACUUUGAAAAAGCUUUACUAUAUUCCUUCACAGAUGAUUUCUUUGAAUAA